AUGAAACAACGUCGGAAACCACGUACGUUCGAGGCCGUUUUACGACAAGAUAGCAUUUUCAGAUUUGUGAAUGAUUUGAAGUGUAAAGAGAUGUUUGAUCAGAUGGCGAGAUGUUCCAUAGCAUUUACAGAAGAAACAGUAAAAGCGUAUUGUAUGGACAAUAACAAGGAAUUUGAUGGUGGGACGUUUUUGAACGAUAUAUUUAAGAUGACGAUUUCAAAGCGAACGAUUCAACCAAAAAUCCUUUUAGAUGAGAACAUCACACGGACAAAACAAUACCACAUGGACUUACACAGAGAGUUGAUUGGCGUUGAACAUUCGUUUAUCUUCGCGGUCGAAGAGAUUGGGUAUCAAAUAAUGAAGGAAGAUAUUUCAGUGUAUAACCAAGACGCUUUGGCUAACAGAGCGCUCUACGUCGGUCGUGAAAGUAAACAAAGCAACACUUGCGCAUGUUUUUCAGCAGAUGGUACGUUUCUUCCAUUUCUCUUUUGUACAACAGAUCAGACACAACACAUCUCAGAGAGACUGAAGGACUCUGUUUAUAUGAAAACAAAGGAUGGACUCUAUUUUUCUAAAGAAGACUUCUGCGAGUGGUUUUUGGAUGUAUUAAUUCCAUCAAUUGAAAGGAAAAAGCGUUUAAAUAAGUACACUGGUAACACUUUGAUUCUCAUGAGCGCAUUUUAUGUUGAGUAUUUUCAAAACAAAAAAGUACUUCAAGAAAUGUUAAUUAAAGAAGGAGUUCGCAUAUUAAGCUUCCCUAUUGGAUACUAUGAAGAAAUGUUACCAAACAACUUGGUGAUGGAGGAGUUGGAAAACUUUUUAAAUAAGUGCACAAGACAAGCUGGUGUCACCGACUUCAUGGUGAAAUUGAGUAUAGAAGACAUUGUGACAUUUUUCAUUCAAAAUGCAGCAAUGGUCAAAGAAGACUUUGUCAGAUACAUUACUGAGUACAACGAGAAGGUAGUGAAAAACGAUGUGAGUGUCACGAGGAUUAAAAAGUCUGAGGAGGAUAUACCCAAUUUAGUGAUGUACAACGACAUACAAGACAAUGUUCGACUCGAGUUGGACGAAACACGGAACCAAAUGAAUGAUCGCAAAAAUGAAGAGAGUGGUGUUGAAGCACGGCCACCGUCCUUCGAUGUGAUAUCUGAGUGUUCUAAAAAGAAGAGUUCAAGCAUUGUGUUAUUACAAAAGAUCAACAACGAAGCAAGUAAGUUGUGGUUUGUGUGUGAUUGUAUUGGGAGUGCAGAUGGGGGUGGUGCUGAUGUUAUUGUUGGGAUGACUGGUGGGUAUGAAAUGCUCAAAGUGUUACUGAUAGUCGAGAAGAAGUUGGAGUGGAUGAGCAAGUUAUUAGGAGACAGUGUCAUCAUUGUUGAAACGUGUGAUCGAGACAAAGCAAUUGAAAAGUGGGUGACUGAGGCAGUAUAUCCCAAAGCCGAAGAAGUCUUGUCGCAGUUCAGAGAGAAGAACGUGAUAUUUACAAUACCUGAGACGCGAUAUACUCUGUUCAAAAACAUUGAAAGUCGAAUGCUUGAGAGGAACAUAGAGAUAUGUAAGGUGGAUAAAAUCAUCGAAAACGUCUUACCAACAAGUGUUUUAAAACGCCAAUUGGAAGAAUAUUGUGUGCUUUGUGGAGGGGAUAUGAAUGAUUCCAAAAGCCUUGUUCUCGUGCUCGAGUGUAUCAAAAAUUUGAAACGCGAUGUCAUCCAUUCAAUGUUCCUCGAUGGGUGGUCGAUAUGGAACGGAGUCAUUGGUGAUGAGUUUGAUGACAAGACGUUUAUUGAGUGGCUCAACAAUCAGUUCUUACUCUCUAAAACGUCAUUUGAUGAAAUAACAAUUAACAUAAGUAAUAACAGCAAUGGGAUCACUACGUUUAACGUCAAAUCCCUUGGAAAAGUCCAGAAGAGAUUAAUGAAAAUGGUGUUGAACACAACACCGUUUCUGUUCUGUAAAACAAUUGAUGAACAAAUCAACUUUGUGACUCAGCAAUAUCCGGCGCUCGCUUCAAUGUUCCUUCAAAUAGUCUGCGAGACGUUGUAG